CCUCCUGGCUCUUGAAAAUUUGAGAAAACAGGCUAAAGAAUGAGGGGCUGAAAUUGUAAAUAAAACCGAAAUCACAGGUCACAUGGGAACCCAGAAGAAAAAGGACAAAAACAGAGACAGCAAAACACGGGGACCCACACCCACAGGCACCUAGCUGUAACAGUUUAGCGUAUGGUAAGAUAAAGCAACCAACCAAAACCACCCUGUUCCUGUCCUGUCUCAGCCUCUCGAGUUUGAGGCUUGGGUUUCCUGAAAGCAUCAUAAAUAGUCUCUUCUUCCCUCUCAAUUCCCACGCCCCUCUACCCUUCAUCUUCUUCGAUUCAAUUCAAUUCAAUUCAACAGUAGCCGUAUCAUUCACAUUCAGCUAUGGAGGCAAUCAAGUUGAAGCUCUUCCUGGUGCUGCUGCUGAUGGCCUUCGCUGGCACCAUUGCUCAAUCUGCUACUCCAUCUGAGGCUCCUGCUCCUGCUCCUGCCUCUGAUGCUUCUCUCUUUUACCCCACUUUCUUUGCUUCUCUUUCUGCUCUUCUUUUUGCCUUCUUCCUUUAAACUUUGAUUUGGCAUUGCUUCUGUUUCAUGCCUUUUCCUUGCUUCUGAUUGUAUAUCGUCUGUCAUUUCAUUAUUUCUUCUAAUGAAGCUAUAUUCUUUCUUAUAAA